CGCGUCACGUGAGGCGGCGAGCGUGUGCAGCGGCGAGUGGUGUCCGUGCCGAAGAUGGCGGACGAGGUGGGCAGCGGCGGGAAGCGGCCGGGAUCGGGCUCCGACUCCGACGCACCCACGCCCACCGAGCCGGCCCGCGGGCCGCGCCUCGUCAACAUCAUCAAGUCGGAGACGGGCUACGGCUUCAACGUGCGGGGCCAGGUGAGCGAAGGCGGGCAACUGCGGAGCAUCAACGGAGAACUGUACGCGCCGCUCCAGCACGUCAGCGCCGUCUUACUGGGCGGAGCGGCCGAGAGGGCCGGGGUCCGUAAAGGAGACCGCAUCCUGGAAGUCAAUGGUGUUAACGUCGAGGGAGCAACACACAAGCAGGUUGUCGACCUGAUUCGGGCAGGCGAUCGGGAGUUGAUUCUCACCGUGCUGUCAGUCCCACAGCAAGAAGCUGAUCGCCUGGACCCUGGCGACGAUUCGUCUGGGAGCAUCUACUACGACUACAGUGAGAAGCGGGCCGUGCCCAUCUCCAUCCCCAGCUACAAACACAUUGAACGCAACGGGGAGAAGUUUGUGGUGUUCAACAUCUACAUGGCUGGACGGCAACUGUGCUCCCGCCGCUUCCGCGAGUUCACCAUCCUUCACCAGAAUUUGAAACGGGAAUUUUCGGACUUCCAUUUCCCAAAGCUCCCAAGGAAAUGGCCGUUCUCACUCUCGGAGCAGCAGUUGGAUGCCAGGCGGAGAGGUCUGGAGGAGUACCUGGAGAAAGUGUGCUCGGUCACUGUUCUUGGGGAGAGCGAUGUGAUGCAGGAAUUCCUGGCGGACUCCAGUGAGAGUACGAAUGGGCUGUCGGAUGUGGACCUGAGGAUAGCACUGCCCGACAGGAACAUCAUCACCGUCACCGUGAAAAAAAACAGCACCGCAGACGAAGUGUACAGGGCAGUACAGGAGCACCUACGAAUGGACAGCAUCACGGCCAGCUUCUUCACACUGUUUGAAGUGGUGGACCACUUCUUCGAGAGGAAGCUGGUCCCCAACGAGUUUCCACACAAACUGUACGUACAGAACUACACGUCAGCCGCAGCCGGCACCUGCCUGGUCAUCAGGAAGUGGCUCUUCACCAUGGCUCAGGAGGAGCUCCUGAAUGACAACGAUCUCGCUGUGACAUACUUCUUCCAUCAGGCUGUGGAGGAUGUGAAGAAAGGCCGGAUCCGAGUAGGCGACAAGUCGUACCAGCUUCAGAAACUGUCCGAGCAGCACAAGAAAGUCAUGUACCUGAACAUGAUUCGUACGUGCGAAGGCUACAACCAGAUCGUCUUCCCACACUGUCGCUGCGACUCUCGGAGGAAGGGGCACGUCAUGGCAGCCAUCAGCAUUCAGCACUUUAAACUGCAUGCUUGCACAGAGGAUGGUCAGCUGGAGAACCAGGUGAUCAUGUUUGAGUGGGCCGAGAUGCACCAGUGGGACACGGACGAGGAGGGGAUGGCGUUCUGCUUCGAGUACAUCCGCGGCGAAAAGAAACCACGUUGGGUGAAAAUCUUCACUCCAUAUUUUAACUACAUGCAUGAAUGUUUCGAGCGGGUUUUGUGCGAGCUGAGGUGGAGGAAAGAGAUGGAAGAAGCUGGCCACAAUGAAGAUAACGGGAACAGCUCCAGUGGCAUGGUACGGACAUGGGGGAAGGAGGAGUGUGUAGAGAUACUGUGACCUUGCCGAACAUCUUCCACGCAGCAGCAAGAAGAGGAAACCGAGGCUUGCUGUCCUGAUGGGAGACCUCAUUCUCUGUAGCAUCUCAGCACCUUAGCAUGAAAACCGAAGCAAUUGGACCUUGGACAUUGGGAGAUAGGGAGGCAUGCAAUGGCCCAAACCUUUCCUCAAUGUAGCUGUGACAUCAGAACAAUCUUCAAGUAGUCCAUUCAUCAUUUCAUCCCAUCCUUCACUGUUCUAAAGUUGCCACUCAUAGACCCCUCUGUGAGUGAUCAAGGAGUGUAUUGGACUGCAGGACACGGGGAUGCCAUCUUCCUCACAAGGGACAACUGUAGCACUUGGCCAACAGAGUACGUGGUGCCAGUUGGUGAAGGGGUGAACACUAAACCAGCCAGAAUCCAGCUCCAACCUAAUGAAUAUGUCAACAGUGUAAGGUACUGGUUUAAAUGCCGAGGCAGAAUCCCUUGAGAGAGUUUCAAUCUGCAAAUGGCUGGGUGAUGCCUGCACGAUGCCUUGGUCAACUGUGUCCAAGCACCAGUUCACCUCGACCAUUUCUCAACUCAAGAAUAUCGGUCGCGAGUCGAUGUUCCUGUCCACGCCUGACUCUGGGGUAAUCUACAGCCUGCCACUGGAUGCUGUCCUGCAUGCAGUGUGUGUGCAGUAUUGCAUUUCGAUAAGUUGCAACGGGGGGGCGGGGGAGGGGGGGGAAGGGGCAUUUUUCCUUAAACUUUACCAGACAAUGUUUGAUUUCGUUUUGUUUUGUACAUCGAGCUGUGGAUCGCUGCCAAUGCAACAAACUCUCCCAUUGAAAAGUAUUUCAUCCAGAGUUGUGUGCCGUGGUACCCAGUGACUCUGUUGGUGGUGAUGGCUCCAGACUGCGGUGGAAUUGGCCAUGUUGGCUCUCUGUGUUGUUGUGACAGUGACAAGCAUUAGGGGAAGGGGGAGAAACAUUCAGUGUUUAGUAGGAGAACAGAUUUGUAAUUAACCCAUUUUGUGUCUGCAAUAUUUCCCUUCUCGUUGUCGGGGAAGCAAGACUGAAUCCAAAAGCAUCCACUACAAGUUGUUGAAGACUUGGCCGGGAAACCGGCCUGUACGUUAUAUAUGAAAGUAUUUCCAGUGCUUUUUGUUGCAUAUUGUUUCUGAAAUAAACAGUUACUUAACCUCGACAUGCUGCUUAACCACACAGUUAUUCAGACCCUGUGUUUAUAGGUUAGUCAGUCGCCAGUUGUCAGUGGAGAAUGUGCAGUUUGUGUUCCUCACCGGCGAUUAUGUUCAUCCCGCUGAGUAGUUCACCACCUUCCGGGAGUCCGGAGCAAGGAACCAGUUGGGUGAGUGCCUGAGGAAUAGUCGAUGCCAAUUCCCCUUUGCCGUGCCUGUGUCGUGGCUGUGUCAAGAUUCACCAGGUUCAGACGGGGCGAGAGACUGGCUCUGUGAUAUGUUCAGGCUUUCAGUUUUCAUGAUCUGUUUUACAUAGUGCAGUCUUUGUAUUAUUUGAAGGACUAGUGGAUCAGUUUAAAAUCAACCUCAUCAAACUUCCUGAUCUCGUGACAGGACUGAUGUCUGAAGUGUUGCACCCGGAUCCAGAAGUCCUACCUAGUAACUGAGAGACUGUGCAUUGUGUUCUUGUGUGGGCCAAUAUACGGGCCAAAGAUGUGAAGCCACACUACAGCUUGUCAGAGGCCGACUGUGGGAAGAAGCAAUUGUUUGUAAAAAAAAAAACUCUAGUCUUCUCAAAAUUACCAUGUAAUUUCUUGAAAGCAUCAGUGUUAAAGCUGCAAUGUAAUUAUUUAUAGAUCCAUAAUUAAAGGUGGCGACUGGUUUGUGUAA